AUGCCAAAAAAUAAAGGAAAAGGUGGUAAAAAUCGUCGUCGUGGUAAGAAUGAAAAUGAUGAUGUUAAACGGGAAUUAAUACUCAAAGAAGAAGGUCAAUCUUAUGCUCAAGUUACACGUAUUUUGGGUAAUGGUCACUUAGAAGCGUUCUGUUUCGAUAAUUCAGGUGGAAAAAAACGUUUAUGUCACAUUCGUGGUAAAUUACGUAAAAAACAAUGGAUCAAUCAAGGAGAUGUUAUUCUUGUUGGAUUACGAGAUUAUCAAGAUGAUAAAGCUGAUGUUAUUAUGAGAUAUCUCGCUGAUGAAGCUCGUGAAUUAAAACGUAUGCAUGAAAUUCCCGACAAUAUCAAUAUAACUGAAACAUCAACAAAUAAUACUGAUGGAUUAGAUGAUGUCGUAUUCGAUGAACGUUAUAAUGAAGAAGAAUCAGACGAUGAAGAAAAUGGAUUACCAAGAAAUACAAAUGGCCGGACAGGAAAUCGUGAUAGUCCAUCAGAAGAAGAAUCAAAUGAUGACGAAGAAGAUGGCAAUGAAUAUUAUAAUCCAAACAGAAUGCCCAAAAAAACUGGAAAUUUGAAUGCUGGAAACUUAUUAGGAAGUAGAAAAGAGACAGGCAAAGGUGCACGAAAUGAUCGACGACAAGUUAUAUCAGGAUCGGAUUCUGAAGGACAUGAUGAUCUGGCACAUAUUUGA